GAUACACUUACUGCCUGGACGGCUGGGCACAGGGAAGAAUACUGGGUAACCAAAGGUACUGGAUGUGCUGGAAAGAUCCAAGGAGAAACAGGGAGGCCAAGUGGUGCUGUUUGACUGGAAUGGGAGAGAACACCGGGAAGCUGACAUUACCCGCUGGACCAAGCUUUUAGGGUGCUUGUGAAGUCAGAGAGAAUACCAAGAAGGCGCUGUGGCAGAAUGGACGUGGGAAAGGAUGGAUCUCCUCUGAAGUUCCUCCAGACACCUGAACCUCAUCCACGGAGAGCCCAUGCUCCAGAUGUCAUUGGAACCUGGAGUUUGAGAAACAGAGAACAACUCAGGAAGAGAAAAGCCGAAGCGCAGGAGAAGCAGACGUCACAAUGGAACUUUGGAGAACAGAAAAAACGCAAGUGUCAAAGAACAGGAAGAGGAAACCCAAGGGGCCCGAAGAGACAGGGGGGCACCGCGGCGAGGGCACAGCCUCAGUCACCACCUCAGUCACCGACAGAGAAGCAAAGGAUGCAGAAAGCAUUGGACCCCGCUGAGGAAGAAACGGAGCUCCCUGUCCACCCUGUGCCUGACGCCCUCCCAUUGGUGCCAUGCCCCCCCAAAGCUGGGCCGGCAGAACACUGUUCUGAAGCACACCAACAAAGCAUUCAGUGCCAGGAUCUAGCACCACAGAACCAUUCUCAAGCACACAGACACAGGGCCAAACCUGAAGACCUCUCUCCUAACACGUGCUCAGAAAGAGCUGUACUUCAAUACUCUUCUGCAAUGUGCCCAGACACAGAUGAACCUGAGGCGCUUUCUCCUGAAAUGUUCCAGGAAACAGCUGUGCUUGCCCAAAACCAUUCUUCCAAAGAACCCCAAGAUAUGGCUGGACCUGAGGCACUCUCUCCUGAAAUGUGCCAGGAAACAGCUGUGCUUGCCCAGAACCAUUCUUCCAAAGCACCCCAAGAUAUGGCUGGCCCCGAGGCGCUCUCUCCUAAAACAUUCCAGGAAACUGCUGUGCCCCCAGACCUUUCUCCCAAAGUACCCCAAGAUAUGGCUGGACCCGAGGCGCUCUCUCCGAAAAUGUGCCAGGAAACAGCUGUGCCUCAAAACCUUUCUUCCAAAGUACCCCAAGAUACGGCUGGACCCGAGGCGUUCUCUCUGAAAAUGUGCCAAAUACCAGCUGUGCUUCGAGAGCAUACAUCGAAAAUGUGCCAAGAUGUGGCCAGACCUGAAGUCGUCUCCCCUAAAACACGUCAAGAGAUGGCUGUUGUUCCCUGGACAACACUUGGAGAUGCUGCUGGCCCAGAAAGAUGCUCUCCUGAAGCACUCCUCCAGUCAGGUGUGCCUGAAGGCUGUCCACUUGAUACAUGCCCCACAUCAGUCACCCCAGAGAGAACUUCCCAAGCAGAUCAGGCAAUGGCUGUGACAGAAGGCUGCUUCUCUGAAACACGAGAAUGCCCUGUGUCUGAAGACAUUUCUUCAAAAAUACACCAAGAAGCAGUUGAACCUGAAUUCAUUUUUCAUGAGACCUACAAACCCACUGAACCUACAGUCUCCUCUUAUAAAACAAGCCAAGACUCACCUGGGCCUGAAGACCAUUCACCGGAAACAUGUCAACCAAUGUCUGGGCUGGAGUACUACUCCCCCGAAACCUACCAUGAAAUGCCUGGGCCUGAAGACCUCUCCAUCAAGACCUGUGAGAACAGGGAGGGGCCUAAAGACCACCUUCCAGAACACACCCAGGAAGCAGGUGGGGCCCAAGAACAGGACUCUAAUGCCCACCAGGACAGUGAGGGCGCUUGUGCUUUCUCUCAAGAAUUGGAGGAAAAAGCCAAAGGAAGUCAAGAUCCAGCAACACCAUCACGUCCGCAGGGUCCUCAAGAGAUCUGUCGAGAAGAUGACACCUAUAGCUAUGUUCUGAUUUAACCCUACUCGGAUGAAGUUGCAGUCCAAAUGAAUGGAGCAUACACAUCUUCUCUUGUAUGAUUUUACUGAAACAUUGUAGCAACUGCUACAAUUUGCAUUACUA